AUGGAGAUGCUGCAUGCUGCUGCCUACCGAGACCAACUGUCCCGCACUCUAACGACAACACUCCUGAACCAUCGAUACGAGCUUCUGCCAGGCGACUUCAGCCGCUUAUACCGCAUGCAUUAUCGUCAAACAUACAACAUUGACGUCUCCGUAACACCCGAGCAGAAUAUCCACAACUGGCUUCAACCUCACAGCCCACACUACCGAAAGGAGUUGGCAGAGUGCAUAUUCUACUACGCAGCUCGCAUUGAACGCGAGGACAGGUUCAAAGUCUGCCUCGCGACGCACGAGAUGAGGGAUGCAUCGUGGAAGUACUGUCAUCAGAAACAACUCAUCAUCGAUGGGACAUUCGGUGUAUGCACGUCACGUCUACUACUUUGGAUCGCCAUGGGAGUGGACGAUGCAAACCGAGGGAUACCCGUCGCCCUUUUUCUGUUCUCAGCACCCACUGGCAAUCACGCGACACAUGCCGGAUACGACACGCAGAUCCUCACAGAACUGCUUGGGCAAUGGGCAGGAUGGCUUGGUUCUCCGGAUCGGCCAUUUGAGCCAUUCGUCGCAAUCACCGACACCGAUACCAAGGAGCGGGGGGCAUUGGUCGCGGUCUGGCCCAGUAUCAUACUCUUGCUCUUGGAUCAACGACUGCAUGCACUUGAAGAAAGUCUCCUACAGACAGUCGAAUACGAUGAUGCAUUGAGACUGAUCAACGAAACAGAGGCGACGUUCAAGGCCCUUGUCACCGAUGCUGAAGCCCAGAAGGCAGCAGACACUGUCGUAGAGUUUGUCAGUUACCUGCGCGCGACAUGGAUGCCAUACGCACUUUGGCGAAGCUGGGCGAAGAGGGGGAAAGAAGAUGCAGCAAAACGCAUGAACGUUCAGAUAGCAGCCAUUCUCCCCACGACAAACCACCUCGAGUCGUUCAAUGGCAGUCUGAAGCGGAAAUACAUUCCACAGUGGCAACACUCUGGCCACCGGCUUCGCUUGGAUGUUCUGCUUGUCUGCAUGAGCCUUGACAUCAUGCCCCGAGUCUAUGCACGACAACGCAUGCUCUCGCAGUUCGAAGUAUGGAAGAAGGACCGGUUCGAGAUCGCUGCAGGAGGUGUUCCGAUCCAGCGCGCGAGUAGAAUGCACAAUCUUGCUGGUCCUGCGGGGCAAGGGUCAGUGCAUGCCUACACAUGGUACGAGGAAGACGAACGACGAGACCAGGAGGCGUACCAGAUCUACCAUCGCCAAUCCCUUCGAGCUAUUCCUGCUCGCCGACCUUACGAACUUUGGGCGACUUGCGAUUCAUCCCGAAAUGCAUUACCUAACCAAACACCGAUCCGAUACUGGCUCACAAUCCACCCAUCCGGGUCGGCGACGUGCACAUGUAUGGACUGGUUGAAGCGCGGAGGGGCCUGCAAACAUCUCCGCGCCUUCAAGCUCCUCGUCGAGGCAUGGGGCCGGCGCAACGAGCUAGACAUCUCGUACGUCUUUCCGAAAUCCUUGGAACAGGCGCGAGCCAUCGAUCAGCAGAACAGGCUAUGGUAUGGAGCGCAGUACUCACAAGCAGUGACGUCGACAGGCUCCGAGCCUGUCGCUAUGCCCGAAGAUGAAGGUGAUCCGGGGGGCCUGCCUCCCCAUAUGCGAGUCGUAACACUGGCGGAGUCGGCGUCGCAAGGAUGGGAUGUGGCCGUUGCGUAUGGUGCCAUACUGCCACCACCAUUGGUACAAGACCAAGCGGCUUCCCUUCUCGAUGCAGCAGAGCUCCAACAUUUGGCGAACGACGUGGAAGAAGUAAGCCCAAUCGACACAGACGGCGAGCCCAUGGCGGGGUCGGAGGCGAGGCGAGGCGAGGCUGCCACCACCAAUGUUCACGAGUUGGCGCAGCUACGAUGGAACCAAGAGGCUAUAAGUGCACAGGUUCAGAUUCAACUGGAACAUGGUGUAGCCGAAGUCCUACCUUUCCUUCAUGGCAUACACAACACUCUGAAGGACGCACCGGAUCCCCUUAGGCCGUCAUCUGAUAUACUGGAAUUAUAUCAUUUGCUCGGCCAGCUCAAAGACGGACUGGAACCUCAUGUGCAACAGGCAAUGAGUGACACACCACAAACACCUAUACUGAGCACUGCAGGUCGUGUUCAAGCCAAGGCCAAGAGCAUGUCGGGACCGCGCGAGGAUGGAGAGCAAGUGGAGCGCGCGAUCUCGACGGGGCGUCAGGUCAUCGUCGAGAACGAAGAGUAG